AGCCCCUAGUCAAGGUUCCAUUUUUUUUAAAAUUUCCCUUAGAUAUGUCCUCUGUAGAGCUGUUUACCUCUGAAGAAUCUUGUGAUAAAGUUCAUAGGACGUGAUCAAAACAUGAACUUUUCAGGCAGGUGGAAGCACUUAGAGGAGGAAGAGGAGGAGGGAGGGAGGUGUCAGAGGAGAAGGAGGAAGCAAAAAAAUAAUGGUACUGAACUAGCUACAAGCAGUGGCAGCAAGUUUACAGGACAUUACAGGGACAGGCACUCAUUGCAGGGUGUGCUGGAUGUGCAAAGCAUGUCUGGGUGGCAUUGGGUUGUUUAGAGGAGGGGUGAGUCAAUUUAGGUCAGGAGUUUCAAGUGUGUCUGAACGACCCAAGAGCACUGAGCUGAUGAAAGAGCGUGCGGCCGAUGUUUCAGUGCUGUCCUGACAGUCUGGGCUGAAAUUUGUUUUGUUUUUUCCUCCCACAGUGCUCUGCCCUGUUUGAUGGCUGCUCUGUACUUUAAUACAUUGCAGGCUUCUAGCAACACACUGUAGUGUAUAAUUCAGCCCUGGGUUGCUUACGUUAGAGCAGGCUUGGAGAUAGUGGGGGUGGUGAGGGCAGAGAGGGAAGCUGGGACUCGUAGUCCGCAGCUGGGGCUGUGGGAACCAGGUGACAUUGGGUUUCAGCCUCCAUAUCCCAGAGUGCCUUGCCCUCGGCCAUGGAGGAAAGGGAACUGCCGUCAGCCUAUCUCUGCGAGGAGGUGUGGUGAGUGAGCCGCUGUGAAGCCAAUGAAGUGAGGGGAUGCAGGAGCAGAGUUGUGGGCUGAAAAUAGAGGGUGGUGGUGGAUGGGAUGGGGGCGGGUAGGUGUCUGUGUGGGAUCAGGCAAGGGCUUGCCUGUAUGACUAGGGCCACUCACAAGUUUCCUGCCUGGUAAUGCUCUAGCCCUGCCCAGAGACACAGGCAGCAGAGCUGGCCGGCAAAGCAGGGGAAGGCAAAGAGGUCCCGAGAAACAUUUUCUGCCUAUUUGAUAGGCAGACAGACAGACGGCAGGACGGAUACACGGGUGGGGGCUGUGCUUGGCGGCUCGGCGGCAGGCUGGUGGAAGAUGUCGUCAGGGGCCGGUGGGAGAGGAGGAAGGCGGCUCCGGGGUAUAACAAGCACUGGGGGCGGGGGAAGGCGAGGAGGAGCAGGAGAGGCAGAGGAAGGUCCUGUGGGGAUCCCUUUCCCUGAACACAGCGCAGACGUCCUGGGCAGCCUGAACAAGCAGCGGCUCAGCGGCCUCCUUUGUGAUGUGCUCUUAGUCACCCAGGACCAGGAGUUUCCGGCUCACCGCUCUGUCCUCGCAUCCUGCAGCUCUUACUUCCACAAACUCUUCACUUCGGGGAUCGCCGCCGACCAACAGAACAUCUACAACAUCGACUUUGUUCCAGCGGAGGCCCUGGGAGCUUUGCUGGACUUCGCCUACACGGCGACGUUGACUGUCAGUCACAGCAGUAUUGCUGACAUCCUUGCUGCUGCACGCCUCCUGGAAAUCUCUCCUGUCCAGGAUGUCUGUACUCACCUGCUGGACACCAAAGUGCUCUCCCCGCCGGCGGGCAGUGAGCGAAGAGACGAAGACGAAGAGGGGAAAUGCAGAGGAGUCAAGGAGCAGGGGAACCGAAACCGAGCCCGGGAGUACCUGGAGUACUUCCAGAGAGGGGCGCACUGGAGCAGCAGCUGCAGCACGCCAGAGCUCAGGGAACUGCCCACACACCUGCACUUUAAUCAUGGUAACGGUAGCACCCCCAGCAAUGGGACUCCUGCUGGCCCCGGAGAGUACUACUCCCCCCUGGCCCUGGCCUUGUCACAGCCCCAUGCACAAGAGCCCGAGGAAGAGGAUGAGGAUGAAGAGGAAGAUGAAGAGGCAGUUAAGGGCAAUGGAGUCAACCUGGGGUCCUCAUACUACCCUUCAUCUCAAAACGGCCACUUCUACCUCCCCUCCGAGUCUCGGCAGGAGACAGAAGUGGAGGACGGCUGUAGGGAGGUGAGGGAGGGAGGUUCUGCCAGCGCCCUGCUACAACAAAUGAUGGACUCCAUUGAGAGGCAGAAGAGGCGUGCAGCAGCCGGGGAGGAGCAGGGAGACGGGGACGACCCCGACAUGGAAUUUUACUUGAAUUAUUUUAGCAGCACGCAGCACGAAGACGCAGCUUCCGCUUCGCUUAUGCACAGUGUGCCGUCGCUGUGGAUGUCACGAGGCAACGCAGGCCAGCACACGGCGGUGGGAGAGAGGGUGGGCGAGGAGAGAGGAAACGGAACCGGAGGAGGUGGAGGGGAAAGAAAGAUGCGCUCUAAGGCCUUUCAGAAGUGCCCCAUAUGCUCGAAGGUCAUUCAAGGUGCAGGCAAGCUACCGCGCCAUAUCAGAACACACACAGGAGAGAAACCCUAUGAAUGCGCCAUCUGCAAAGUGCGCUUUACCAGGCAGGACAAGCUCAAGGUUCAUAUGCGAAAGCAUACAGGAGAGAAGCCUUACCUGUGUACACAAUGUGGAGCCGCCUUCGCUCACAACUAUGACCUGAAGAACCACAUGCGUGUCCACACUGGCCUCCGCCCCUAUCAGUGCUCAAGCUGCUUUAAGACAUUUGUGCGUUCAGAUCACCUGCACCGCCACCUUAAGAAGGACGGUUGCAAUGGCAUCCCCUCCCGCCGGGGCAGAAAACCACGGGUGAGAGAACCGGGGCUCCUGGAAGCCCCCCAGAGCCUUCUGAGCCCCAGCCCCGAAACUGGGCCCGGACCUCGCACCAUCAGGGGACGGCGGCGCUCCGACGCAUCUGCAGAGAUGGAGGCUGCUGCUGAGGAGCACAAACACAGUCCUCAGCUGCAGGAGCUGGGGGGAGAGACAGGACCCUGAGCCUGCAGGGGACCACCAGAACGCUGCUGGACGCCACAGUUGCUCUGCACGGCCUGUGAGACAGGCCGGUGGACAGAGAAGACAAAAAAAUAAACAUGCAAAGGCAAUUUAAAAAGACAAAACAACUAACUAUUCCUCUAUAAACCAAAUCAGGGUGUCACAGAUCUCUAAUCUUUAUAUUUCUCUCUCCUUUUACUUUAGGAAUUGGAAUAGACUUGCAAGCACUUCAUUUGUUUUAUUUGUUAAAGAGGAAAGAACGCUUCAAAUCAUCCACCCGUGACGUCCACUUUCUGGGCUUUAUCUCUUUAUAUUAGACUCUCUUUUUCUUUUCUUUUUUUACAUCAGCAUAUGCAGUUAGGCAAGUGUAUGAUAGAUACAAAGAAACACCAAACAACUAUGCAGUUGAUUUAAAUUUUUAUUGGUUUUGUCCUCACAGCCUUCAAGCUCUGAGAGAGGUGACUGUCACGCACCUUCUGGCUGCUGUACCAGUGAAGCCAGGACAAAUCCUCCCAGCAGCAACUCUAUUUUUUUUUCUAUUCUUUCGCAGCUUUGAGAUGUACAGUUACCAUAGAAACAACAUUUCCACAAUAUGGUAUAUGCAAGGAAAACUCACCAAUGUUUUGAUGCAAGACCGUUUUUAUUCCGUCUUAAUUGUUCCAGAAAGAAUCAGGCGAGGGGUUGAUUGAAGUGUUACUUACUCUAAAAAAAAUGUUGUUGUUUUUUUUUUUGUUAUUGUUUUUUUGUAAUCGGUGGUUUGUCUUAUUGAAAAACGAGUUUGGCUUGAGUUGAAUCCACUUUAGCGGGAGCUCAUCGUUCACAGGUAGAGUAUGGCGAGGGGUGGAGGGUGUGUGUUUUUGAAGCACUACCGUUCUUAAUGUAUCUGUCGGCUUAACCACAUGGCCUCCUGUCCCUCACAGCCCUGCAAUGUCAGAGUUUGUUUGACCUGUUGAUUUUGUCUUAAUUCUUUAUCUUUUUUUUUUUUUUGUUCCUUUGGGUACUCGACACUUUAUAAUUGUAUACGUGUGUAUAUAGCAGAUGCUGAUAUGGCAUUGGCCCUUCUCUCACUGAGGUGUACUCACUAAUUUUUCCUUUUUGGCUUGAUGUUAGUUUUCUCAGACACAGUUGAAGUUUUGGGGUGAAAGAAACAAAGCUGUGUGAAUGUUCAAUUUCAAAAACAAACAAGCAAAAAAAAAAAAAAGAAAAGAAUAUAUAAAAAGUCAGCUAAUUGUCAGAAACUUAAAACUUGACAUGUACAGUUCCCGCCCAGUGGAUAAGAACGUUUAAUGAAUGAAUGUGCUUAACUUUCUACAUUUUUUGGGUUUUUUGUUUUUUUUUGGGAGUCUGACCUUGUGUGACAAGGUGUGGCUGCAGGUUAAACGAAUGGCAGGGAGCAAGGUAGAAAGAGUACGAAGAAGACAUAUGUGAGCACCUUUUUUUUCUACGUUUGCACAGCUUUACUAAAGAUAUCCAACAAAGCAGGAGAGGCUUAUAUAUAAAGGAAUCUGGGUUGUUGUUCAGGAGAGAGGGAGAUUGAGAUUAGAUGCGUGUAUGAUGGUUAUUCCGCUUCUUUCUUUGCUCCAGGGACCAUACAACCAUAAGGCAACCUGUGAUGAAGAGAGCAAUAAAUACCUGUCCAAGUUGGGAGACCAGAUAGCCCAGCUGCAGCUGGUUGAUGGGGGAGGGGGACAAGUCAGGAGGGGGGGACUCGCAAUGUCUGUUGCAUUCCAAAAAAAUAAUCUCCCCCAGCUCAGCCACGUUUCCAGCCCGGGAGGGGAUCAAAUCAGACCUUUUUUUUUUCUCUCCCUCUCUCUGCCUAUCCUCUAAUGCCCCUGAACCAGCCUGGAGGAGAUAUUAUUAUUAUUAUAUUAGAGCCGGGACGCCUGGUGCUGGUAGUUUACUGUACGAGUGAGUUUACAUGUACAUGUGUUGUGAACGUGCGUGUGUGUGUGUGUGUGUGUGGCAGCCAGGGUCCCUCUGGCCACAUCAUCAGUGUGUGAGUCAGCCACAGCCUGUUCAAACAUGCACCCUGAGCUGCCAGCCCCUCUGCACUUUCCCUGUGCUAUUCACGUACAGGUAUCCUGCUGAGAGGAGGAAAAACGCCACCGCUCACACUAUCUGCUUUGAUAUGGUCAGUAAAUGCAAGGUUGUUUGGCUAAUUUUUCUAGUCUUAACAAUGCAUGUCCAGAUUCCAGGGUUGUAUAUGAAUCCCCCCCCCCCCCCCCCCCCCAACAUCCAGCUUAUGCAAUCAGAAUAACGAUGCAAACACAUCCGACUGUUUUCCUGCAUAAAAAAAAACGACAUUGUUUAGUUAUCUUACAACCUCAGAUGAACAAUUACCAGGGAAGAUAUCACAGUUUUUAUAUGUAUAUACUUAUUUAACAAAAAUGAUUUGGAAAAAAAUACACAUAUGUAAACAAGUCUUUCAAAAAAAGAGUGUGUAUUUGAUUUGCUGCACCAAAUUAUGAUUAUUAUUUUUUUUUAACACCCAAAUCCUGAGAUGCUAAACUUGUCGGUAGCAGCUAAUUGUUUGGGGACAGUGUAAACAGUGUAAAGCUUUACGCACUGGUCUCUUCUUUCUCAAUGAGAUUUGGUUCAGGAGUCUAAUAGUUUAUUUGUUUGCAACUUGGGAAAGCUAAGCCAUAGUUGCUUAAAAAAAAGUAAAAAUUUAAGCCAUACUUGAUCAGUCUUUUACCAGUGUGCUAAUGUUUUAGGUGCUGUAAUAGCCUGUUAAGCCUGAGAUUCUUUUUUUUUUUACUGUACUACACAUGUUGUCCAUGUCAACUUGUUGCAAACUCCAGUUUUUAAAAAGGACUAUUGUUAUGAAAUCUUUAUUAACACAUUCCAGAUUAAAGUGCUCUAAAUGUAUCUUUUUCUGAAUAGAUUUAAUAAUCCAGACAUAACAGACCCUUAGUUGUUAGCUGCUUUUAAAGCCAGGUGAUCUGAUGUCUUUCCCUUCAGACUUUUAACCCAACACAUGUUUUUAUACAGCAUAAUAUCUCAUGGUUUGUUGUUCAUCUAAGGUUGUAAAUCUUUUAUUUAAAGGCAUAAUACGUUUUUAGAAGAGGAUGUUUGGAAUUUCUGUGCAAGUGCUGAUUUUUGCACCUUAUUCGGUUUGAGGCUGGUUAUGGAGCACUUUCCUGCAGGGAGAUUGGGCGCUUUGGCCAACAAAACGGGUACUUUGAAACAAACCGGUAGCAAAUGAGAUCAGUCCCUCUUUUCUGUCCAUUGUGGUAAACUUGAGUUCCCUUUGUACUUGUUGUUGAGAAGAUAUAAGAGAGUAGUUCCCACAAGAGAGGCCUAACUGGGUCAUGUACACACCAAUGAGGUUUGUGAUCCAAAAGAAUGCACUUGAAGUUCGCUGUCAGUGAUUGUCUUUACGUCUUAAUAUAAAAUAUGGAGGCAGAAGAAAGGGCACUUUGUAUGUGUUUGUAUAUCCAUCCUUUAUUGUGUGUUUGCACAUGCACAAGCUGGCAGGCAGGCUGGAGGGUCUCAGGAUAACUGUUCUAAACAAGCCUUUGCAUCCAUCCCAUCUGUUCUCAAACCUACACGUGCUUCUGGGGAUGAGUCCACGGUUGCACAGAAGCAGAAAUAUCGCUCUGCAAAUCGAAGUGUCGGACAGCAGCUUGUUUAUCUCGCAGCUCUCUGCGCAGGUUUUCAUAGCACUAGUUUACUCUCGUUGGUCAAUGUCAGUCAGGGGUUGUCAAAGUCUUAUGUUCCUUUUUUUUUCCUCUUUCAUAAAUUAAAUGGGGGUUUUAAUGAUCGUACAGCAGCGCUCCCAAUUCUAGACCAUUGUAAGCUCGUUAACGUCUGUCUUUAUUUGUGGUGGUACUUGGAAUGGACUGCUUAAACCCUCUGUGUCUUAAUGUGGAUGAUUUUUUUUUCUCUUCUUUUUACCCAACAUUACCUGUGAGCCAUUAUAAUCUGACCUUAGGGUAGUUUUUGUUGAUUGACCAAAGCUUUUUGUUUUCCAUCUUAGUCAAAUGCAGACUGGGGAUAAUAAGUGUGUUUUUUUUUUCUGUUUUCUUUUUUUUUUUUUAUUCAGUCUGAACCUCCCUGACUAAGCCAUGGAUGCUCGUCAUCUUUCAGAUCAUUUUACUUGAGUUCACUUCCUCUCAUUCUUUGUAUGUUUGUAAAAAAAAAAUGGUUCAGAGGUUCAAGGAUGUAUAGCCUGUUCUUUAAUUUUCUUAAAAUUGUGUGUUUCGCUGAAGCUGUUUUUUUUUUUGUUUUCCUAAGAAAUUUGUACAUGGCGGUAUGUAUGUGUGAUUUGGGGGAAGGGUCAUAGUUUUGGAUGCUGUGCCAGGAGGAUAGGGUGUAUAAAAUAAGGGUGCUUGUGGGUGGGGGUAUGGAUAAAAAGCCUAAAAAGCACUGGAGAUGGUGCUUCAGCUGAGAGAGCAAAAGUUUGCACUAUUGUAAAAACGUCCUCGUCCUGCUUCUGGGGAGAAGGACCCGAGACCUCAACUAAAGGCCUGCAAGUGUCUAUGAGCACAGAGCAGCGUGGUCGAUACUCAACGGUCUCUCAGAGUCCUUUCAAAAUCCUCCUUUAGAUCUAAUCAUGUACAGUAUGUUGAGAAAUAUACAGACUCCCAGGAGUAACAUACCAAAGCCGGAAAAAUAAAUAAAUAGGUUUCCUUGUCAUCACUGGACAUUUUAAGCUACCGAUUUUAGGUUUUAUUCUUUAUUCUAAAGGCUUUUGAUAAGAGAUUCUCAGAUGGAAACAGAAUUUUAUUUUUAGAUUAAGAGAUCAUAGAGUAAAACUUUAUGAUGAGCAGUAAAGCUUUUCUGAAGAAAAAAAAAACUUGAAAUGUUUGACUUGUUCCAAAUCUGUUCGAAGGUGACACAGAUAGCCACAUCUCUAUGUUUAUUGUUCUGAUUAUGAAUCAAUGCCUACCAAUACUCCUUUUCUAAGACUGUUUUUGCUCUUGAUCUCUGGUGAACUGAAUGACUUCAGUGUGUUAUCUGAGAAGGUUGAAGUGACUGUAAAUGAUCUGUGGCCUUGUCUGAGGAGUGUUAAGCUUAUUUUGUUUGAUUCCAGACUAUUGUGGAGUGUGGGGCUGAGGCUGACUCUCACCGGGUUGACUGUUCAGCAUCAAGGGCCAAAGCGUGCCUUAGGGAUCAACAACAAAAAUCUGUUCAAUUAUUUUGACAUAAAAAAGCUGAAUUGGCAUCCUACGGUAGGGAAUUAUUUAGUCAUUAAUGUAAAGACGGCUCGUUUCUUUACUUUUCUUGCAUCUGGGUCUUGAACAGCUCUGAUGUGUGCUCGCAGCCUCAGCCCCAGACCAAGGUUACUCCGACGCAGGCUACAGGCUCCAACUUUCCCUACAUUUUCGUGGGCUGUUUUUUUUUUUUUCUUCAGACUUGACCUCGACAUGUAUCUGUCUCGUGUUAUUAUCAAAGAUUCUUAUUAAAUCUAUCUGAGAAGGCCACCAAACAAAGACAAACGAUAACUAGAACUGUAAAUAUUCUAACAAAGCAGGACGUGCUGACUGUUAGUAUAGCCUAUAACGACUGUGGAAAGGGUAGCUUCGUUUAGUCCUUUUGCUGCACCUUGUUUUUUUUUUUUUUUUUUUUUUUUCUUUUUCUUCAUCAGGCUGUUGGUGCUCAGCAAGCCUGAGUGCAGCAUAUGCAGUACGGCUCCAUGCUCAGCAUGGCUCUGGCGCUCGCACAGACAGCCCUGGGUCCUUCAGAGGCACAGUUCUGUCUGAUGGUUGCCUCUCAGCCAAGUGGACACAGUUUGCACUUGGAGUCUUUGUCAGUCUCUGGGGGAUACAAAGGUUAGCACACAGGGAGGAUUAAACAUGGCCGGUUGGGCAAGGCUGAGUGUUAUUUUCAGUUUAGGAAGCCCGAGCGAUGAGCACUAGAGUCGAUUCGCCAAACUAGCACGGCCACAUUUAUACAGGAGAGUUUGUUAUAUGUUUGGGAAAACAAAGAGACUAUUGCUGGUCUCUUCUGUCUUUAUGUAAGUACUACUCAGGUGGAAAAUUCACUGCUAUGCAUUGGGUUUCAUUAUCUGCUCAGUUUAUAGCUUGUCUGGUUAUUCGUUCCCAGACUUUUUCUGCCAUAUCCCUCUGAAGAAUUUUUGCAUCAUAGUUCGUCAAGAAGGAUUCCCUCAGUGGGAUGUUCCUGCAAACAACAGCUCCUUCUAACCGAUACUCAUAGUUAGCUGUUCGGCUUUUCUUAGGAAUUGAUAAAUAUCUUUGACUCAUUGCUCAUCUUCUCCAUGGAGGGAGUUUCCACCCAAUCAUAAAUAACACACCCUCAUAGAGGAGUCAUGAAGUCAGAAAAAAGAAAGAAAAGGAUUAAAGUAUGUGGUAAACUGGAGAUUUUUAUUAAGACUUUUUAGUUUACUAACACCUCAGACCAAAGUCAGGAUUCAUUCCACGAUAUCACACAGUGAGGUCCAUGCAAGUCCAAGACGACAGGAGGAAAUGUUUGAUAUUUGUAGUUGUAACGCUAAGCGGAGACCCCCAACCCACCCCACAGUGUACCACUAACUUUCUGACUGCCUUUUUUUCAGCUUCUGCGAUUGUAACAAAAGCACUUUGCAAGAGUCCAUCUUGAAUUUUGUGUUUUAUCAAUUUUUUUCCCUCGCUGUCUUAAUUCAAAUGAUUAUUUAAAUGCAAAAAUAUAUGUAUAUUGAAAAUGGAUAAAUAGAAAGAAAAACUUGAAUAUUUGGUAUAUAGAUUGAUUUGCAAAUGCAUCUCUGUCAUCCUACCACCAUACCUGUUAUGCAGCUUAUUGCAUACUCUCACUCAUUGUUGUGUGGAGAGGGGCUGCAGAAGACACUUUCUCACACCUGCUUUCUGCUAGAUCUUGCUGCAAAAAAAGGUCAUCUGAUCUCUUUCUUUUAAAGAAAUGUGUAUAACACCUGUAAAGAAGCUUUCUGAGAAGGCUGCAUAUUAAUCACCUUUACAUUAAUAGCCUAUCUGUGUUGGGAGAGGCUGGAUCUGGUAUCUGUAUGACCAUUAAAUUAUGAAUUUCUCAUCUUA